ACGGUUUCAGCAGAAGUAAAUCCUUGCAAGCGGCAACCGUUUCGUGGUCGUUGUCCAUCGGUGAAGGGAAAAAUACAGCCCCGAUCACAGUUUGUUCUCCGCUACUACCUCAGGGACAGUGAAUGUGUUUCAUAUCCUUUUGGGCACUGUGCGGACGACGAAGAUGAGCCAAAGUUGUUCAGGUACAAAGAAGAAUGCGAGCAGGCCUGCAUCGGUAAAAAAGCGAAAACAGCUGACACAAGUGCAACCGUGAGCAGAAAGCUAACAACAACCGCCACUACGAAUGAUGAUAGUAGUAGCAGUAGCAGUAAAAGUGUUACCGAGGAAAACGAUAGUGGUGUGAAGUCACCAAACAGCAAUGGUUCCACAUCGUCACCGUACAGAACGACAUCGACUACGCCACGCAGGCCACUGACAGAGUGCCAACGACGUCGACAAACGAGUGAAUCGAGCUUCGGCAAAACAGGUUACAUCCCCAUUUGUGCAGCAGAUGGCUCAUUCCGACCGUUGCAAUGCGAAUUGCCUCCAAGCGAGCAAUGCUUUUGCGUGGAUCGUAAUGGCCUCGAAAUUCCGCACUCGCGCACAAAUCACACAAAAAAACCGGACUGUUCACGUUAG